AUGGUGGAGCCAGCCUCCUCCUUUGUUCUUUCCCUUUCAACUUCGGAGCGCGCGCGCGUGGCUCGCAGGCUCCCCAUCGAAUCCGCGCGCAAAGAGCGAGCGAAAGCAGCAGGCCGCGCCGCGCGGCUCCUGCCCUCCUUUCCCCGCCGCUGCCUCUCGGAGCCCCUCUUCAUGAAAGGGCAGCAGGUGAGAGGCGAGGCGGCGCCAGGCGGUGUGGGGGGCGGGCCCUGCCGGCGCAGCGUCGGGAGAGUGAGGGGCGGGCUCCUCUUGACAGAAGGGAGGGAAGCAGAAGAAGAAGAAAAAGAAGAGCCACCGGCUGCUGCCGCCGCCGCCUCCGCCUCCUCCUCCUCCACCGCCACCUCCGGCAGCCCCGGCGGAGGCGAGGAUACGGUGAGUCCAGGGAAGGAAUGGGCUCCACACGAGGAGGCUCGAGCCCACUGCUUCCCUCUCUCUUUUUUUAAUGGGGAGCCGCGCCUCGGAAGGGGUGAGGGUCCCCCAGCCCCUCCCCAGAGGUUGGUCUCCGUUUGCAUUUGGAGCCCUGGAGAAAGUUUCCCGAGUAGGGAAGGGAGUUAGGAGUUAUCCUCAUUGCACCCCAUCAUCUUCCCUCCUCUAAAUUCAGGCGAGGUUUCCAGGUGUGGAGUUUUUUUGGGGGUUUUUUAACAUCCCCUUCUUCCCUCCCUCGAGGUCCUUCCAAGAAUCACCCACUCUCUGCUCCCUUCCCGCUUCGCCACGAUGACUUCCCCCAUAGGAGCCAACUCCUAGGGGCGGAGGAGGUCUUCGCCCCCCCAGUAAAAUAUUUGAGCCCCCCCCCCAAAGUUGAUGGACACUGCCAUUCAAAUGGUGUGUGUGCACUGUGUCAUGUGAUCGAUUAUGCAGGGCGGGGCUUACCUGGUCCCCCACCCCAAUAUUUUAUUCAAGUUGGCACUCCUGACUUCCCCUUUCCAGUACCCUAGAGAGCUGCUAAAUCUCCCACUCCACUAAGACCUCUUCACUGACUGAAGGACUUGCCUCCCUCUUGUCCUCUCCUCACUGUCUCCUCUCUCCUUUCUCUGCCCCUUGGACUGUACCCAUCCUUCUGUGAGAGCAGGAUUUGCCACAAGAACAGCAAAAGCUGUUUCUCCUCAUCCAGUGGGAGGCGUAGCGCCCCUUCCUCUUCCUUUUUUCUCCCCUUUGAAGGAAACUGGGGGUGCCUUAAGAGCUGCUCCUCUCUUCAGGAAUUCGUUUAUUUGUCCGUCUUCAGUAUCUAAAUGAUGACCACUUGGAUGGUAAUAGAUUUGUGGGUUGCUGCCCUCUCUGGCCUGAGAAAUAUCCUGCCUGCCAUAUGCUCCGUGUGCCAGAUAACUUAUUUUUGGACACAUUUUAUAGUUGUGUGCCUUUAUAAAUAGUUUAAUCCAUAUUUAAGUACAGAAAGGGAAGUGACUUCAUCAGCUAUUUCUAAUGAUAUUUUAAUGCCCAUUACUAAAUAGGGUAAUUUUGAUGCUUUCUGUCUAGACUGAUGUAGGCUGUGGUCCUAAAGUAUAUUUGCUUGGAAGUUACACUGAAGUCACUGUAAGUUUUGAAAUGUAUUUAUAGCACAAAAAAUGCACAGGGACAAUUACUUUGACACUGGAAUAUUUUGGAUCAGGGUGGUACCUUUAUGACAUGUACAAUUUUUUCCCAAAUUAUUAUGUUAUUUGAGUUUUUGGUAAUACAUUUGUAGCACAUCAGAUGUGUUGUUUUUAAAGGAGUUAAAGAUCCGAUAGUGGUCUUAAUUAAAACCAAUAAUUUGGAAAAGGGGAUGCUACUUAACAUCAAUGGAUGUCACCAUUUCAGAAUAUUUGAUCCAAGUAAGACCUUGAUCUGUGGAUCAGUAAGUACACUGAAAGCCCUCUUGAAGACUAAGGAGGGUCAUUUGAAGUGUGUAACAUUUGCAUGACAGGAUCAACCUAUCUUAAUAUUGUAUAUUCGGGAUGCAUACUCCUAGGCUAAAAAUAUAUUUACAUACUCCUAGGCUAAAAAUAUAUUUACAGUUCCAGUGCAAUUAGGACUGGAGGGAUUUUAUCAGUAUAACACUAUAUUGCAGUAUUUUUGAACAGUGUAAAGAGCAAUACUAUUAAAUUACAUUUUGCAUCAUGAAAACAAGUGCCUUCUUUGCUUUUGCUAAAUUUCAAUGUUUGUUAUUACACCUGGCUUUCAAUACCCAUGCCACAAAUCAGUAUUUCAUUUGCCUUUAGAUUUUUUUUUAACACAUAACAUGGGUAUCUAUGAAGUUAGCAAUAUUACAUUUCAAAAGAAAAAAAAAAGGAUCUCUCUGACUAUUGAUGCCAACCACACUGUUAGCACAGAAGGAUUUUCAUUGCAUUGUGGGUAUACCUACAGUACAUUUAUUUAGGAAACAGGAUGUGAUUUGAGAGCCACAACGUGUGGGAGCUUCCAUUUGCAGAUUAAGAGUUCCCAUCCCGGCAUAGUUUUGGCAUUACCUCCCCAGUCAGCCCACUGCAUGUGGUUAGUGUCUUUAUAGCAACUUUGUAAGGUGGGUCAUACUGUGAACAGAGUUGAUGGGGAUGAAUGACCUGUUGCAAGGGAGAAAAGUGGCUUUUCUAAGAUGACCAUAUAAAUUCAGAGCACAGGUGAGGUUCAAAUGGAAGACUUCCUUGUUUUGUAGCUCAAUGUUUUGACCACUGUCCAAGCUUCUACCUACAAUGAUGGAGAAACAGCCUGCCAAGACUCUGCACAAACAGUCUUUGCAUGGUGUUUCUCCAUCAUCAUAGGUAGAAGGCACUUAUGUCUAACAAUGCGAUGUACAAAGUAACAGCUGAUUUGGCCAAACUUUACUAGUGUUGUAUUAUGAAAUAUGAUAAUACUGUAAAGUAGAAGUCACAUGCAAGUUGGCUGGAUGAAGUGGAAGUCACAAGAAAUGUCCCUGGCUGCAUUCUCAUAUAGUGCUACACACACCUUGCAUAGCUGGGAGGUUUAUUUUGGCAGCUUUCACUGCAUCUCUGUUUGUUGCACUGUUUCUACCUGGUGCUUUUUUAUCACCAGGGUUUUUUUUAUUUAAAGAAACUCCCGUUAGUUUUAAAAAGCCAGCUUCCAGGAGUUCCAGGCACUUACUCAGGGUUCGUGCUUCCUUUUGGAAAUGAGGCGCAGUGGAGACUGGGAUGUCUUUAGGACAUAUGGUUUAUUUGCACAUACACAGUAUUACAACCCGAGUCUGUGAUGGAGGGAAUCAGUGUCAACACCCCAAAAGGGCCUCAUUUCUUCCGUAGCCGCAGCCUUGGUGCUUUAUUUCUAGGUCACAUUACUGCUCCAAAACUCUACUUCAAACUCUGGCUUUGCCUGUUGAGGGAGGGGCCCCCACCAAUUUAUCAUCUUGCACCAAGCCCUUGACCCUUUCUUCUCUUAAUGACUCAGGCAAUCACCUCAACACAGGAAGUUAGUCUGUCUUACAUUUUGACACAUGCUGGGUGUUAUGUACUGAAGUUCUCACCCUGGGCCAGCAGGAGGAUACUGUAGAUGGUUAUGCAAAUGAAGGCUCAAAAGUGACGUUCAGUGAUUGGAUAGUUUGUAUGCAAAUGAAGGAUCGAAAGUGAUGUUCAGUGAUUGGCUAGUUUUAGAAAAUGGCAACAGUUAGUUCUGUUCCAGCUUACAAAUAAAGACCUGCUUUGGAAGAAUCGCUGUGUCGUCUGAUAUGUUCGCCCACAACUUAACACUGGGUCUAGGGAUUACAGGUGUAUAGCACCCACAAACUCCUAACAAUACGGUUUGAAGUUGGCUUGGUUUCGUGUGACAUGUAAAUCCACUGUAUAUCCUCCGGUUUCAAUAUUCCUGAGAGACACAUCUUUUAGAGGUAAGACACAGACUGAGCAAGUGCAAGUGGCAAAGAUAAACUUCUUCUUUUUUACCUACUGUUUCCACUCAUAAAUGAAAAUGAGCUAAUUCACAGAGUGUUUGGAACAUAGGAUGCUUCCAUGUACUGAGUCAGACCACUGGUCACAUCUUUCUCUAUACUGUUGUUGUAGAUAAUAUUCAGCAUUAAGAAAAAUAUGUAAAAUUGGAGUCAGUCAAAACCAUCUUUUCAGUCACAUAGUGUACUGCUUUGUGAAAAUAUACUGUGUGUCUUUAAAAUAUAUUAAUGGCUUGCAGGCCAGGCAGUCUUUUGCGUGCAGAUGGUGUCUCUGUACGAAAUAAUUCAUAAACAAUCCAUACUGGGAUUAUGAUGAACUGAUACAGUGAACAGUAGUAGGGACAUUAAAAAAAUUAUAUCAGACACACAAUCUUUUUCUCUUGCUAUCCAAUGCCACCUACAGAUUAAUCUUCAAAUCACGUAUAAGGCGACUAUUUUUCUCCAGUUGAAGGGUUCAUAUUUAUAUAGAUUAAACAGGAAAUGAAAUUGAUACAUGGAAAGAUAAAUAAUAGAACUUGACAAUAGUCCUAAAUCCCUUAGAAAAGUAAUACAAAUUAGAAAAUAAAUAUUGAGAGCUGGUGACAUUCAGACUCCUCUUCUUAAAUAUACAGUGGUACCUCGGGUUACAUAUGCUUCAGGUUACACACUCCGCUAACCAAGAAAUAUUACCUCGGGUUAAGAACUUUGCUUCAGGAUGAGAACAGAAAUCGUGCUCCGGCGGCAUGGCAGCAGCAGGAGGCCACCAUUAGCUAAAGUGGUGCUUCAGGUUAAGAACAGAACUCCAGAAUGAAUUAAGUACUUAACCCGAGGUACCACUGUAUAUUUUUGGGGCAUUUUGACAUGCUACUUCCCCCACCCCGUCAAGGAUUGGCAUCCAUGGGAUCAGUUUCCAUUUCACAUGUAAAAUAAUCUUGUAGCAAUUCUGGGUGUGUGUCGAUCUAGCUGCCCCUCUCUAGAUUGUUGCCACUGUAAUUAUGUUAGACAGACAUGAACAACAACUCUGGACUAGCGCAUGGUUACUGAGCGAGAUGACACAAAACUGACACUAGAAUGACAUCAUUUUUGGCAUUUCUGUCAGCUUGAAAAUCUGUAUGUCAUGUCACCCUCUCCUAAACACAAUCUGUAGCCAAGGUUUGUCCUGUGGCGGCGGCGACUUCUUUUUCAUCUUCUUCCGACUCAUGGUUUCUUUGGGAGAGCUAAACCAUAUGCACAGGUCCAGAUGACAUGCAAUUUAACCUAGAGCUUCUGCAAAGCCAUGACUUUGUGCAACAUGUAGGUGAAGCCAUAAAGGGGUGUGUGCAGUGCAUCUCAGCAUGAACUGCACAUAUGCACAUUUUCCUUCGCCAUGUGUCCUAUGAGGUAGGCUACCUCAUGCAAAUCUAUGAUGUGACUGCAUUCAGAAUACUGCAUCCAGUUCUGGUCAGCUCACCUCAAAACGGCCAUUGUAGUGUUUAUCCCUACAUAAUUCCAUUCUUAUUUCAGACAUCGUGAUAUACUGAUAUAUCACAAUGUUUAGCUGUUGAGAUAUCUCCCAGCCCUAAUUGUAGGGUUUGGAAAGGUUAAAAACAAAAAAAUGGCAACCAAAAUGUUCAAGGGGUUGAAAUGACUCCCCUGUGAAGAAAUGUUGCAGUUUGGGACUUUAGGGAAAAGACAAGGAAGAAGUGGUGACAUGAUAGAAGUUUAUAAAAUUCUGCAUGACAUAACACCAGAAUCCAUGGACAGCCAGUGAAGCUGAGUGUUGGAAGAUUCAGGACAGAUAAAGUAAAGUGCUUCUUCACGCGGCACAUAGUUAAACUAUGGAACCCACUUCCACAGUAGGCAGUGUUAGCCACCAACCUGAGUAGUUUUAGAAGAGGACUGGACAAUUUUUUGGAGGAAAUGGCCCUUUUCAGGCCACCACACUUAAAACAUAGUUAAGGAAGAGUCUGUGUUUGCACAUAACACUAAGGCAUAGUUAAAACGAGUAAAAUAGACUUAAUAUUUUAGAGCUGAACUGGUUUCAGAUUAGGCCCUGUGAGCACUGAUCAUAAUAAAAGAAAUGGUUUGAGCCAAUAUUUGAACGCCUUAAAAUAUCCCGGACAAUACAUCUGCAGUAGAUGCUUUGUGGUCUGGAGAUAGCUUUGCCCCAUGUUCUCAUCUUUCUUAUUUAUUAAAAAUAGAACCUACUCUCUCUUUCAGGUUUUGGGAGUCUUUUGCUGAUAAAUGCACCAUGUUUGCGGCAGUUUCUGUCAUACUGGAAGACAAGUCUGUUUCUGAUCCCCUCCCCCCGCCCAAUAUAAUUUAGGUAGUUAUGAUUCUGUAAUCUUUAAUUCUUGUUUAUUGUCUUGGGUAUUGGAGUAAUAUAUUCCUAGCAUGCCAAGGUAUGUUUAUUUUGAUGUGCCUGAAGUUCUUUUUCAAAAUAUUGCUUUCUCUCAUUUUUUGGUCUUGCCAACAACUCCUGCUUGCCUAAGUGUGAAGAAAGAAAGACCUCACUCUAGCUAACUGAAAUCUAGUUGGUUAAAGGGCUUAUUCCCAUGCACAUUUAAACAACAGUAUGCCUGUAUUCUUUAGAGGACCUAACCAAAUUAAGCUGCAUUCAAAUACUGGCAUUUGCCUAGUGAUUAUGUGGUGAUAUGGUGCCACAUCAAGUAAUGCAACAGUUGAAGCUAAUGUUAGUUUGCAGAGUUCACUUACUUAAGAUAAGGAACUGAAAUGUGAUGUUGUCAUGGUGACCUGCCUAUAAGGGAGCACAAGAAGAACUAAGCUUCUGAAUAAUUGAUAGGUUCGUAAGAUUAGGAAUGAUUUACAUGCUGUUCUCUUUUGAUGUUCAUGCAUACUUCAGACAUAAUCAGGCAAGUAAGCAAGCAAGCAAUUCUUGCGACUACCUCACCAAAGCUACCAUGGCUGAUCAGUGUACAGUAUACUGCAUUCUUAAACGUAGAUAUAGAUUACAAAGCAACACAGUUGCCCCAACCCAACUCUGUGUAUGUAGCAGCCAGGGGAUCUGAUUAAGUUUAUGGGUAGCGAGGAAGGGAGCAGCCUAAAUGCCUCUACCACGGAAAGCUUGGAGGAAGCUAGGCAAGAACUUUUUCAUCUUUCUUAACAAGAAACUCCACCCGGAUACAGCUAAGUACAGGACUACAUAGUGACUGAACUACGUCAUUACGCUAUCUUCUCAGCAGCCUUCUGUUCUUGCCAUGUCCUGAGCAGCUGAUCGGAGUGUCUAAUCAAGCGGGGAUGCACAUUUUUUUGGUGAAUCAGGUAAUUUUGCACAAAUAGCAGCAGUUUAUGGGCUCUAUUGCCCAUGCAGGUAUGGCUGCCCAUUACCCUUACAUCGAUUAGAGUGAUCAUGUUAAAAGCCACAGAUUUGCACAUACUUAUUUUAUACGUAACUUCACUGCAAUAUAUAGUUGUACUUCUUGUUUCUGGUGUAAAUGUAUUUCUAAAAGGGUUCAAAAUUGUCUUCCUUCUAAAUGGCUUCCUUACUGGUCUGGUAUCAGGUGGGUCGCUCAGGACCUGGAGCUAGUAAUUUAUUUAACGGUUGCAGCUUGAUGGGUUGUUUCAUAGGGCUGGAAAGAUUUAUUGUGUGUUCCUUUGGAUAGGUAGUAUUCAAAGGCAUUGCUUAUUGCCAUUUUGGAGAAGCUAACCCAUCAUUUAAAGACUUUCAGAGGCCAGGCAGACCCAGAGGAUUUUGCUGCAAUUUGGUGGAAGUUUAUUUCACACAUGAAGAAACGACGGUUUUUUAGGGCCUGCUCAGGACAUUUUGCCGCUUGAGGCAAAACCCCCAGCAUAGCCUUGCUGCAUCCACUGCCACCUCCUGCUCCUCACCACCAGGCGCUUGCCACUUGCUGCCACCAGGUACCUAAUGCCUGCAGCUCGCCACGUGUUUCCAGGUGCUUACAGUCUCCUUAUGCUCCACCACUGUGGUGGAUGUGCCACCGCCCACCUGCUGGCACCAGUGUAUCAGGGCUUCUUCUUGCGAUGGUGGAGUAGGAGAAGCAAACAUUGUUAGAAACUGAGAUAGGAAAGCUGGGAGCUAAAUGGCACCUUAAACCUAGGUUAUGGGCACAACAAGGAAAUGCCUAGGCACACUUUUUUUAUAACAAGAAUACAAAGCUGAAAAUGAAUUAACUUCAGCUGAAAUCUUAUAUUCAUUUUUCACAUGGUCUAGUCCUAAUCUGAAGACUGCAAAAAAACCCACAAAGCCAUGCUGGAAGUGGGGAGGCAGAAAAAGGUCCUCCUUUCCUUCCAAUCUGCAGUUUUAAUCUGAAAUCAUAGGCCCAGUACUGUGCCCAGAGCUCAGAAACGGCUUGUGCUAAUGAAAUCCCUUGUCGCAAAGCGCGCCUAGAACAAUGGGAGUUUUGAACACUGGGCGCAACGGUGGGCAUGACUGCAGUGGCAGAGGAGCAGGCGGAGGCACCUGGCACUGGCAAGCACCCAGCAACGAGUGUGUCAGGGAAUUGCUAAACACUGGAGAGGGGUGGCUGGAUACUGAUGAGUAGGCACCAGAAUAAGGUGGGUUGGAGACUGACUUGGAAGAAGGGAUCAGUGAACUAGGGCAACCUGUAAGAACCAGGAGUUGAGACUCAGAGGCAAGAGAAGCUGCAGGAUUGGAGAGUGAAGAAACAGGUGCAGGAGGAGAGAGAGAUCCGUCAGACUGAUGUAGAGUCAGGGGCUUCUACACCUCCUCUUCCUGCCCUCUCCUGCACCAUUGUCUCCCAGGACCAGGAGAAGAAUGAAGAAGGGUGAGCAGAAGCUGCAGCAACAGGGUAGGGAAGAUAUAUAUGCUGAGGUCGGGGGCGGGUCCUCUUUGUUGCUGCAACUGCCUCAUUGGGUGCAUGCCGAGGGGAACCUGAAAGGUGUAGGACUGAUGGACAGCCAGGAUUUUUGUUGGGGGGGCAGGAUUUUUGUUGGGGGGCUCAGAACCAACGUGUUUGGUCAGUUAAGUAUUUCCAUUGUUUUUCUUGAUCUGGGCAGGGGACAGCUGCCCUCCCUGGCUAUGCCCAUAGAGAGACGUGUCUUUUCCUGUUGUCAAAGGGUACCUUUGACAAUAAAGAGUUAAUUCCUCACUCUGGGCAGUCUUUGACUGACAGCCCUCUGACAGAGGACUCAAUGGAGGUGAGCACCCAGGAGGUGCUCAGUGGUGGUGCUUAGGGGGUGUGAAGUGGCCUUGCUGCCCUGAGACAACUGCCUGACCACAUCUCAUAGGCUGGCCCUGACUGUUUUGGACUUUCAUUCCAUCUAAGUAUGAGUUUAUUUGGUAGAAUUUGUAACCGUCUGCUCAUUGUCCCUUUGAUCCUUGUCUGUUAGUUCAGUGGAUUCUGUCAGUAUUAUUAGAUGUACUGUAUUGGAAGGAAUUUGUUAUGAGGUUGUUGUUUUUGGUCACUCUCUUGAAUGUAUGUUUGCCAUCUUUCUGAAUUCUAUAAUUUUAUUGUCUUUUAAAAUAAAACAACAAUAAAAGAAAGAAAAAGUGACAACUAGAUUUCUUUGAAAAGACAUGUUAGGUUUCAUUAAAAUCUGUUUAAACACGCAUUCAGCUUGAAUAGCUACUAUUGAAACAAUGUGGGCGGGGGUGAUUGUCUAAUGGGUUUUGUAUUUGAAUAUGAAUAAUGUCACAGGACCAAUAUAGUACUCUCUCUGCUUUUCAUAUUCUCAAGAGAUCACUAUUUUUAGCAGAUUUUCUGUGGAAAAAAUAAUGAUCUUUAUUUUUGAAAGCCUGACUUGUUUUAUGUUGCUCUCUGUUAUUUUAGAACAUACCUUGCUAAAAAAAGGCUUGAAACAAAAUGUACCCAAAAGAAAUAAUGUACUUUAUAAGCGCACACAAAAGCCAUUUGUAGGCACUGCAACUGCAAAAGGGUGUGAUGAUAUUUACCAGGCUUGGACCACCUUGAUAUCUAUGGAAGAAAGUGCUGUAAAGCUACUGGGAAUGCCAAGCAUAAUAUUUUGGUGAAUUAGUAUUCCAGGUUUUUUUUAAAAAAGUUUCCUAUAUUCAGAAGGCACCAGUGAAAUGAUAUAAAAUAUAGAAAAUACAUAAAUGAUUUCAUAACCUGGAGACUGCCGAGUGCCAUUCACUCGGAACUAGGAACAUGGUGAAGCAAUCCAUUCAUUGCAGGCUGAACUGCAAUGUGAAGCAAGUCAGCCCACAGCUCACUAUGGUUAAUGUUAGUUUGUAUUUCCAUAGGCCUUGUCCACAGUCAAGCAUUAAUUAGCUGUUAAUCCACUUUAUGCACCAUUCACAUUGGACCAGAGUAGUUCACACCUGUGCAUAUUUGAAUCUGAAUAUGAGGAGCAACUUUGGUCUUUACUGUUCAUACCAGCACAUGUUCCCAUUUGUGUUUGUCACUGCCGAUUAAAUACCAACCGAGUGUGCGGACAGAUACCUUGUUUUUUAACCACCCAAGAAGUGUGCAAGAGCACACAGCCAGGCAACAAGUUCUGAGCAUAAACAUUUGCAAUUAUCUGGUUUUGUGCAAAUCUGAGGGAUCAAACGAUAUAGGCCCCAUCUGCACUAUACAUUUAAAUCAUAUUAUACUAUUUUAAAGAGACAUGGCUUCCUGCAAAGAAUCCUGGGAACUGUAGUAUGUGAAAGGUGCUGAGAAAUGUUAAUAGACUCCCUAUUCCCCUCACAGAGCUACAAUUCUAUCCCUCUUCCUGGGAACUCUGGAAUUGUAGCUCUCUGAUGGGGAAUAAGGGUCUCCUAACAACUCUCAGUGCUCUUAACCAAACCACAGUUCCCAGGAUUCUUUGGAGGAAGCUGUGACUGUUUAAACUGGUAUGAUAUUGCUCUAAAUGUACAGAGCAAAUACAGUGGUACCUUGGUUUUCAAACGUUUUGGAAAUCGAACGGUCUUCCGGAACGGAUUACCUACGUUCGCAAACCAAGAUACCACUGUAUAUGUAUAAGGCCAUGUUCCUCUGUUCAAGAGCUCAUCAGAAAUAGCUAUGAGCAUGGACAGAAAAGAAUGGAAAGCAAUAGUAAAUUCUCAGCACACACACUUUUCAGAUUGCUGAGCUGUAUGUGGUGUAGAAAUUUCUAAUAUGUUUUCCUUGUGUGGCUUUCUAGAUUUGCGCAAAUCUGAGGGAUCAAAAGAAUGUGUGUAUGCUGGAAAUAGUUACAAGCACAGCCGGAAAAGAAAUGAAAGCAUUAAGGAAAGAGUGGGAGUGGACAGGGGAAUAGCAAAAAGGUGACUAUUGAUCCACCCACUCAAAAAAACACUGAAACAAAUUGCCUGCAAGUCCGAGUGAAGCAGUUUGGAACAAAAAAUUUCUCCAAUUAAUUUGAUUCUAACCAUGUCAGGAAAACCUGAAUCUACAUGGGGAAAGCAUCAAUAUUGGUGCCGUUUGAGCAUAAUGUCAUGUGGAUGAUACAAAUUAAAUGGGAAUGCAAACAACUUGCACAGUUCUCUGGGGUGGACAAGCCCUUAAACAGAGCUCUAGAAUUAAUAUGUAUACACUAGUUUAUGUACGUAAAGCAUGAACAUUUGUGUUUUAAAAAUAACCCAUCUGGCUGGGAGAAUGUGAGAAACACACACACACACACACACACACACACACACACACAAUAAAUAUCUAUGCCCCCCCCACCUCAGCUUCUGCUUCUUAUAUUCAUUUUGUGCUGGAAAAACAUUGCGGCUUCUCUGGUUUAUUCUCCAUCCUUUCUGUUACUAAGCAGUUGAGUGGUGCUGCUUGAGUUGUUAGGUUCACAGGCUGCCACAGCUGCGACCAAUACAUUAACCAGCUAAAUAGUGCAGGAAAUUAUUUCUAGCACAACUGAUGAGGAGAGUAUUUAUGUGGAUGCAGGAGAUGCAUGAUCAGGAUCUCCUUUGUUGUUUACUUCAAAGCAGUUGUGUGGGGAUUCUAACGUCACUGAGAAAGCAAUGAUACAGAUGCAUGUAUGAGUUUUUCACCCCUUUCCAUUUUCCAGGUUAAUACCUCUUUCUCUCUGAAGCUGCUUUGCGCUCCACGGAGGACCUUACCUUCCUCCGCCUCCAUUGAGCCAGUUGGGAAAUACCAUAGGGUGAAAAGGUUUAACCUCAUCCCACCAGUGCCACUUCCCUAAUCAAGUUAGCAACCUCCCACAGACAGUUCUAACUAAAGAAAAAGAAUGCCAGGAACUUUGGCCACACUUCGUGUUUAGUUUUGUCCCUGAGGCUGCUGUCUAGUACUGUACUCUUCUGUUUAGAUGUGAGGGUUUUCCUCAUAAGAGAAUGUGCCCUGCUAAUUCACUGAGUUUUAAAAAUUUGCUUGUACAUAUUAUGGAUUUUUUUUAAAAAAAAAAUCUUGACUGGAUGGACUUGGAUCAUAGUGUAAGGUUGCCCUAUUUCAAAAGGCGAAAAUCCGGACAGAAAGGUUGUUUAGCUUUUUUUGACAAAGUUGUUGAGCUUUUUCUUGGCAAAAUCUAGGGGGAGGGGAAUGAAGUUUUUGAGCUAUUUUUAAGGGAAAUCACAAAAAAUGACACUACCAACAUGCGUUGCCAUACGUCUCUAUUUUCCUGGACGUUUCAGCGAUUCCCGCCCUUUCACUGUUUCCGAUGGCUGAUUGCCAGCUAUGUCCGGGAAAUUCCGGAUGUAUGGCAACCCUAAGCUAGUGCCUAUUAGGACCAGUAGGGCUGAAUACAGGGUGACCAACAGCAGGUGUAGCCCGAGCCAAUGACAGGUGGAAUCAAUUCUAGUUCCGCCUCCAUCCUUCUCCCUGCAGAAUUCUACAAGGGCAGCACUAAAACUAAAGUCGGGGUGGGGGUUGAUGUGACAGCUAGUGAUGCUCCUGAACUGCCUAUAAGAAGGCCAGCAGAUGAGGGCUGACUGUAGGCAGACUGAUGUUGGUGGGGUGGUACCUCAUUUACCCUAACAGACCUGCCUCCACUGGUCUUGAACCAGGAAAACCCAAGUUCAAAUUCCCACUCAGCUAUUGAAGCUCAUUGAAUGGCCUUGGCAAGUCACUAGUUCUCAACUCUACUUGAUUGGGUUGUCAUGAAGAGAAACUUCAGAAAAGUGGUCCACAAGGGACCACAAGAGUCAUCUCAUCCAAACACCUUAGUACAGGAAUCUUUCACCCAUGACCCAGAGAUUAAGAGUCUCAUGCUUUACCGACUGAGCUAUCCCAGGUCUAGGAUAGUUCAUUGUUAGGAUAAAAUGGUACUGCAGCAUGUACACUGUCCUGAGGUCCCUGGAAGAAGGGUGAGAUGGUAUUGCGGGCUGAGCGUUAGCUUGUCAAUGCUGCUCAAUGUCCUCUGGGAACAGAAAUUACUUCAACAUGGAAUGAUUAACGUGGAUAAAAAAUGGAGGCCGCUGGUGAUGAUCUGAGGGGUUCAUGAUUUAUUAUUGCGCAUUCUUCAAGAGAAUGUUCUGACAUAUUAAAACUGAAUAGGCUCCAGCAGUCUCUGUGUGAUUGCGCCAGAUGGUAGUUUGAGGCUGAAUCUGAUGAAUGUAGUCUGGGUUUUGGAAGGUGGUACGAGCUGUAUUUAGCAAUGGGCAAUGGGAGAAGGUAGCAGGAGUCUUGUGAAAACAGCCAUCUGGUGCAUUGUCUUGAUGCUGAGAGAGAAUAAAGGGAGACAGUGAAGUGGAAGUGAGUGAAAAUGCUGAGUUCUAACUGAUGGAGGACGCAUAAUACGAUGUUAAGUGUGCACACUUACCUGGGAGUAGGCCCCAUUGAUCUUGCAGGGGCUUCAUUCUGAAUAGGCAUUGUAAACUGGAUUGUGUAUUUCUUUUAGAUAGUGCAUUUCAGGAGCUGUUUGGCAAACAUGUAGCUUCUAGUCUAUUGUUCCAUUCACAUACCAGUUUCUGCUGUUUCUGAAUUAAACUGCAAAAAGAGCCCAGGCUAAUGUCGAGAGCACUUGAUAUAUGUGAAAAAUAUCUCAUUGCAGAUGAAAGGCACCGAAGGGCAAGGUUCUGGAUACACUGGUGUCUUUCACUCUUAGACAUUCAAUCAUUGUGUAUGGCGAAACUGUCUCAUUUCUGCUAUAAGGUCAACAUUCAUAUCUCCUGAAAGUUUGAAAGAAAAUACUAGACAACUGGCAAUAGUGAGGUUUAACUACGAGUAAUGUAUAGUUAUAGUGGCAUGAAUCUACAGUAGACGUUGCGACAGCAAAAAUGCCUUCAGAACCAAAAUAGACACUUGGGUGCUAAGUAUUAAUAAAACUGUGGUUAAGUAUUCACUGUUUCUUUGCAAAGGAGGAGGAUAAGGAUGAGAGCCAGAACAGGUGGAAAACUUUUGUCCCAGCAGAGAAGCAGUUGUGGCAGCAGGAUCCUCUUCUGAACGGCAGUAAGACUUUUGGAGUUUAGUUAAGUAUCUGUAAAAUAGCAAUGCUUGAGUGCCCACAGUAUCUUUCCAAGAGAGGAGAAUAUGGAGAAAACCAGAACGUGGCCACGUCCCCGUGAUCUCUCAUUGGCCACACCCCUGUGAUCUUUUAGUGGCACCAGCCAUCAUUGGCACCAAGCAGCAGUAGAGCCUCCUAAGAUCAUUUAUUUCAAUAGGCACUAAACUCUGCCUAAAAUUUUAGCUUUAUGCAAACCAGUCAAAACUCUACUGCAAAGGGCCAGAAGAUGGUGCCAGAGUAAUGCUAUCAAACUUAACAUAGCCAAGCUAUUGAAAAUCACAUAUUUAUUUAAUUGUUUUAAUUGUGAAUACUGCAUUGGGAGUAACCCUGAUCCCCCAUGCCAUUUUCUUUCUUGAUAAAAUCUACCCUUUACUUUACAGAUGUUUUAAAGGAGAGGGACUUAUUUUACUUAAGUUAAUUUUUGGUGUGUGUGAGAGAGAAAGGCAGACAGAGACUUGAUAGAUAAAGGGAAUAACUAUAACAUUAGAAUCUCAGAUACAUUAAAUUAAAUGCAAAAGAGAAUAUAUCCAUAAUACUUUUUAACCUGACCUUCAACUCAAACACAUUUCCUUCUCAUACAUCAAUUUUUUUAAUAUAUAUAUCUACCAUAGCUUUUACUUUGUGAUGGAGUAAAUGGGCAGUUUCUGGUCAUUAGUUACCACUUUUCCAUGCAGUAAAUUCGAUACAUAGUUUGCAUUGUGGCAAGAAGUCUUCUUUUAUCUGUCCUGAAUCAAUUUAAGUGCUAGUAUUAUUAAUAAUUUUAUUAUUUAUACCCCACCCAUCUGGCUGGGUUUCCCCAGCCACUCUUAUAAUAAAAAUUCACUUUAUACUAUGCAUAAUUUUUUAAGCCUAUUUCAUGUCAUUAACAUUAUAGGAGGUGCCUCUGAGAAUAAACAGAGUAGCCCUUCCUCAUCACCAAACAGCAUAAUCAACACACACAUUGAGAUUAGUUGGAAAUAAAUAAGGGCAUUAAAUACAAAUUCUAUGCAGUCUUCAGCCCCAGGACCUGGCUAGGGCCUUUUUUGUUUUCCUUUUCCUUUUCUCUUGUCUUUUGUUGUCCAUUAGUUUAUUGCAGUACUUUUUUCCCAAGAAAAGUAGGUGCUGGAACUCAGCAUGAAGUUGUUACAGUAAGUUGCCGGGUGACUCGGGACAGCCCUGAACAAACAGAUGCCGGUUUGACAACAGUCACAUUCACCAUCCAUGGAGGUGCUAAAAACUAUGGCAAGCUGUCUCCCUAGCUGGUUUGGGGGUUGCCCCUGGUUCUGGUGCAGGUCAAAUAAAUGUGCCCCUGCUGCCCUCAUUCUCUUAGAUUCAAGAGGAUGGCUAGGGCAUUUUGGAAGGGCCAUUGUGCAAACUCAUGUGCUUGCAACGGUAGAUCUUAAAGCCCUCGGCUGCUGCUACACGGGAGGUGGAUUUUGUUCCUGCCCCGUAGCUUGACCAAUUGCAGCUAGGAGCAGCUAGGAGCAGCUAGGUGGAGUCAUAGAUCUGAAAAAAAGUGUAGAAUCACAUAUGCUGGCCAGCUCUCAUAUUGACUUGAAAAUGUUUGUUUUGGGUUUCUUGGAAGUAUGUAAAGUCAAGAAGUGGGUGGAGGAAUGCUGGACUCCUGUGUGCUUCACCUGGGGGUGGGGAGCGCUGGUUUCUUGUAGCAUAAUAAAGACAAGUGGGAAGCCAUCUUUAUAAAGUGUUAUAUGUGUGUAAGUGGGGAGGAGUUGCCACAGUGCCCUUUUCUUAUUCUAGCAUUCUUACACUAAUUGUGGCGUGUAGGCUUUGCACUAGGUGUUAAAAUUUUCUCCCCGCCCUUAAGGUGUGAUGGGGUCUAGAAAAGGAGGUAGAAAGGAAGGAGCUAAAAGGAAUUGUUGGACAGCUGGCUACUCAUUCUCAUGCCAUCUAUUUGUGUUCUGGGAGGAACGGAUACUUUUUGACCCUUGGGAUAUAAUUUUGAUAUCCGAUCAAACUGAACACAGGCAGUCAAGUACCUUAUCUAUUAUUUACAUCAAAUGGAAGACAGUGACGUUUGCUAUUGCUAAUGGCAAUGGACCCUGUGAAAUGCCUCCGUGCGGUCUAAUAAAAAAAAUAGUGCUGCAGUGCCAUUUAGAAAGAUGGUGAUGAAAUUUAUGGACAAUGUUUUUGCUCCACAAGAAAAGGUAACCAUUGUUUACAAACUAUGAAGUGCUAUAGAACUAAGCAACUAAUAUAACACUGGUUACUUUGUAUGCAGUGGUUUUGUUGUAAACCAUAAUCUGUGUUUAGAAUACUCACAGACAAUUAUAGGGAUUUAUUGGUAAAGCGUGUGUGUUGGUUAAAGCUAAAUGAUGACUAGCUUUGAGAAGUGGCAGUAAUAUAUUAUACAGUAGUGUGGAUGACCUAAGUUCAUGCAUACUGUUAUUUUCCCUAGGUGAUACAGAUGGUUCACAAAUGCAAAACAAUACCUUUCGUCUCUAGGAAGCAAGCAAGGCAGCAUCCAUAUCACAGGCAAUUAACUUGGCUCUGCCUCUUCUACAAAACUAUCUCACCCGUGUUUAUGACAAGCAUAUCCCACCAUUAA